AUGGAGCUUAAGGAAGACUGUUGCGAUUCUCGGGAUCCUAUGUUAUCGGAGAACCUUCCAAAGUAUCCAUUUUGUAUAUGUUGUGACAAAGAAAUAUGCGAUUUCAAAAGUUUGCCGUUCGAUUCUUGCACUGAUAAAGUAGAUUUGAAUUUGGAAAUCGUUAUGGGAAUCAGCUGUGAUAUUUUAGAGAAUUUAUAUCAGGAGUCAUAUAGUGAAGAAUGGCGAGAUUUCUUUGAUCAAUACAAUAGUAUCGAUGGCAUUCAAGAAAUAUUUGUGAAAAGACAAGAUGAAUGGAUUAGUCCCAAAGGACCACGUAAACGUUAUCAGCGUUUUCGUGAUAAGCGUUAUAUUUGUGAUCAAUGCGAUCGUUGUUUUACUUUAAAGCAAAAUGUUCAGUAUCAUAUCGUUACUUAUCAUCUCGGUAAUCAACAGAUCAUCAGUAAUCGUGGCAAGCGUUACGUUUGUCUUACUUGUCAAAAAGUAUAUCGAAGCGCAGAAGCGGCUCGACAACACAAUAAAAGGGAACAUUUCCGCUUGCCCAAUGUACAAAUUCAUCGUUGCUCUAUAUGUACUCGUAUUUUCCCAAGUAGUACCCAAUUAAAAGAACAUAUUUCCAUACAACAUUUACAAGAAAGGCCAUAUAUCUGUGACAAAUGUGACGCACGUUUUGGUCGACAAGGAGGUCUCAGACGUCAUCACAUAAUGGUACAUACAAAUCGACGAUAUAAUUGUCCCUAUUCAGGUUGCACUCAUCCUGGUUUCAAAUGUUCUAAGGCUUUAGUAGCUCACAUUCGAUCACAACACACUAAAGACAGACCUUUUGCGUGUUUCGAAUGUGGGAAACGUUUCGUACGUCGAAAUGAUCAACGUGUUCAUGAAUUGUUGCAUACUUCGCAUGAGCAGUUUGAUUGUAAAAAAUGUGGACAACGUUUUCGCCGUCAAAUUUACCUUAAGAAACACGAGAAUUCAUGUCGAGUGAUUAAUGAUAAUACUUAUUCGUCCAUCUGUCAACUUCAACAAUAA